AUGCUGCAAGGGGGCACACCGGCAGAGCUGCUAGAAACACCUUUCUCUGACUUACCCUGCUCUACCAGUUGCAGGACUACCUGCGGCUCGGCUGUUGACGCGGGAGGUGCUGUAGGGCCCUACUGCCUAACACUUGCUGACGAGGACAUCCUUGCAAAGAAUGAGAUCGUGGAUCCUAGCAUCGGCCUCCAGAAAAGGAAGGAAUGGCUGCUUUUGACUACACCUGAGGGAGAAAGGUACCGCCAGGCUGAAAGGGCAGCCCGGCACCAGAAGAUACGGCGGUACCUGUCAGAAAAGCUGUCCAAUCUCAAGAGAAAUCACUACAAAGGCUCAUCCCUUUGCUGCCUGUCCUCCCCCGAUGCGUGGUCCCACCACGGACUGCCCAUGCUGUUGCAGGUCUGCCAUCGCUUGCAUUCCAUGUUGUAGCCUUUUUACCCUUUUCUUCAUAUUAAUUUAGCU